CUUUUUUUUUCUUUUUUUUUUCGCUUUUCCCUUUAUUCCCUUUGCUUGUUACUACUUUUUCCUUUCUACUUUGCAGUAUCAAAAGCAGUGACAUUGAUGAAGAAAUUGAUAUUUUCCCUUUUCUUUCUUCUCGACUGUUUUUUUGGGAACGCAAUCGCAUCAGCAACAUCUAGAUUAACAAAACGACAAGCUGUAGCCUCCAAUGCAUGUGCAGUAAGAGAUAAUACCUGGGGUAUCUGCUCACCUGCAACGGGCGAUGUAUGGUACAACGGUAGUUACCAUGAAUUUACUUGGAAAUACGAUAUUCACGAAUUAUGAAACGCUUGUGCUUUACUUACUACACCUCGAAGAUGACGAAUAUAAGCCGAUCAAAGUAUGGUCCGAUUUACAGCGGACUCGAGGUGUUCUUGUACAACAAGUGGACGAUUCCUGGUUUCCAGAGCCUCAAUUGCCUGAUAAUUCCCCUAACAAAUCGUGGACCAUGUAUGCGUAUAUGCUCGGCCCCGAUGUUGAUCUGCAGGAGGAACUUGCAAAAAUACCAAGUAAAGCAAGUUUCUAUCCGGUGCCGACCAAUUUUACUUUAAUUCAAAACGCGCGUAACACAACCCAACCAUCAGCAACACCGUCGACGGUAUCCACUCAACAGACGAAUAACGACAAUUCGGAUAACAAAACAUCCAAUUCAGGCUUACAGACUUGGGUGAUUGUCGUGAUUGUCAUUGCGUGCGUGCUUGUAGUUGGAACAGCUAUUGCUAUUUUCUGGGCCGUGAGAAAAGUACGGAAAAAUAAAGCAGGGGCAAGCAACGGCGGAGGCGGGGACGAAAAGAUCGCAAUAUACCAAUCCGCUGCCAAAAAUCCCGGAUCGAACGACGAGACGUCAAAACAAGCUCAUGACGCCGUAUCAUCAGAACAGCAUCGUGAUAUGGCCCACCAUUUGGCGACGUUUAAUGAUAAUCGCGAUAUCUCCUCGAUUCAUUCUUCGACACCGAUGAUCCUCCAUGGUUCGGCUUCUAUGCGUAGUUCGCCUGUGAUGCAAUCCCAUUCAAUAUCACAGAGUUUGUAUGACCGCGACCCUGAAAAAUCCGCAGUGGCGCAUCUAAUGCAGCAUCCAGAAGCACGUCAAUCCAGCAGUAUUCUCAGCUCAACCGAUGCACUCAUGAUUGCCGACACAUUUAGACAGUUUAUGCGAAAACCGGAAUGGACAGAUCAUGAUGAAGAGGAGGAAGAAGAAAGUGUUGAACUCAAAGGAAAAACUACAAAGACAUCAAGUUGAUCUUGCCGUCAAGGAUCUUGAUUCCCAAGAAUAUUGAUGGUUUUUCUGUUGCCGCCCAUUGCUGCUGCUGCUGCUGCUGCUGCUGCUGCUAUUUGCCCUUGUUCUGUCUAUCUAUUUCCUCGUUUUUACAUGUUA